AUGACACCAGUCUUACCUGCCCCCCUUCACCCCGGCCUCCUGCCGCCCUUCACCCCGGCCUCCUGCCACCCUUCACCCCGGCCUCCUGCCACCCUUCACCCCGGCCUCCUGACCCCCUUCACCCCGGCCACCUGCCCCCCUUCACCCUGGCCUCCUGCCCCCCUUCACCCCGGCCUCCUGCCGCCCUUCACCCCGGCCUCCUGCCACCCUUCACCCCGGCCUCCUGCCCCCCUUCACCCCGGCCUCCUGCCACCCUUCACCCCGGCCUCCUGCCGCCCUUCACCCCGGCCUCCUGCCACCCUUCACCCCGGCCUCCUGCCACCCUUCACCCCGGCCUCCUGCCACCCUUCACCCCGGCCUCCUGCCACCCUUCACCCCGGCCUCCUGCCCCCCUUCACCCCGGCCACCUGCCCCCCUUCACCCUGGCCUCCUGCCCCCCUUCACCCCGGCCUCCUGCCGCCCUUCACCCCGGCCUCCUGCCACCCUUCACCCGGCCUCCUGCCACCCUUCACCCCGGCCUCCUGCCACCCUUCACCCCGGCCUCCUGCCGCCCUUCACCCCGGCCUCCUGCCACCCUUCACCCCGGCCUCCUGCCACCCUUCACCCCGGCCUCCUGCCACCCUUCACCCCGGCCACCGGCCCCCCUUCACCCCGGCCUCCUGCCCCCUUCACCCCGGCCUCCUGCCGCCCUUCACCCCGGCCUCCUGCCACCCUUCACCCCGGCCUCCUGCCGCCCUUCACCCCGGCCUCCUGCCACCCUUCACCCCGGCCUCCUGCCACCCUUCACCCCGGCCUCCUGCCACCCUUCACCCCGGCCACCUGCCCCCCUUCACCCCGGCCUCCUGCCCCCCUUCACCCCGGCCUCCUGCCACCCUUCACCCCGGCCUCCUGCCCCCCUUCACCCCGGCCUCCUGCCACCCUUCACCCCGGCCUCCUGCCACCCUUCACCCCGGCCUCCUGCCUCCCUUCACCCUGGCCUCCUGCCCCCCUUCACCCCGGCCUCCUGCCACCCUUCACCCCGGCCUCCUGCCACCCUUCACCCAGCCUCCUGCCACCCUUCACCCCGGCCACCUGCCCCCCUUCACCCCGGCCUCCUGCCCCCCUUCACCCCGGCCUCCUGCCACCCUUCACCCCGGCCUCCUGCCACCCUUCACCCCGGCCUCCUGCCACCCUUCACCCCGGCCUCCUGCCACCCUUCACCCCGGCCUCCUGCCACCCUUCACCCCGGCCUCCUGCCACCCUUCACCCCGGCCUCCUGCCACCCUUCACCCCGGCCUCCUGCCACCCUUCACCCUGGCCUCCUGCCACCCUUCACCCCGGCCACCUGCCACCCUUCACCCCGGCCUCCUGCCGCCCUUCACCCUGGCCUCCUGCCGCCCUUCACCCCGGCCUCCUGCCCCCCUUCACCCCGGCCUCCUGCCACCCUUCACCCCGGCCUCCUGCCCCCCUUCACCCCGGCCUCCUGCCACCCUUCACCCCGGCCUCCUGCCACCCUUCACCCCGGCCUCCUGCCACCCUUCACCCCGGCCACCUGCCCCCCUUCACCCCGGCCACCUGCCACCCUUCACCCCGGCCUCCUGCCACCCUUCACCCCGGCCUCCUGCCACCCUUCACCCUGGCCUCCUGCCACCCUUCACCCUGGCCUCCUGCCACCCUUCACCCUGGCCUCCUGCCACCCUUCACCCUGGCCUCCUGCCACCCUUCAUCCCGGCCUCCUGCCACCCUUCACCCCGGCCACCUGCCACCCUUCACCCCGGCCUCCUGCCCCCCUUCACCCCGGCCUCCUGCCACCCUUCACCCUGGCCUCCUGCCACCCUUCACCCCGGCCUCCUGCCACCCUUCACCCUGGCCUCCUGCCCCCCUUCACCCCGGCCUCCUGCCCCCCUUCACCCCGGCCUCCUGCCCCCCUUCACCCCGGCCUCCUGCCCCCCUUCACCCCGGCCUCCUGCCCCCCUUCACCCCGGCCUCCUGCCACCCUUCACCCCGGCCACCUGCCACCCUUCACCCCGGCCUCCUGCCCCCCUUCACCCCGGCCUCCUGCCACCCUUCACCCUGGCCUCCUGCCCCCCUUCACCCCGGCCUCCUGCCCCCCUUCACCCCGGCCUCCUGCCACCCUUCACCCUGGCCUCCUGCCCCCCUUCACCCCGGCCUCCUGCCACCCUUCACCCUGGCCUCCUGUCCCCCUUCACCCCGGCCUCCUGCCCCCCUUCACCCCGGCCUCCUGCCACCCUUCACCCUGGCCUCCUGCCCCCCUUCACCCCGGCCUCCUGCCUGCCACUCACAGGAUGGGUUAGGGACGGGGGGGGGUUAGUUAAGGGGGAUCGAACACCCGUCACAAUCGCCCGCAGAAUUAUAAAAGUAAUUGAUUGA